UGUUGUCUUUUCGAGGGCAGGAGAUCCUAGUGUUGCAUGGUGUUGAGUGAUGUUUGUGCAAUGGGCGGCUUUGGCUGCGGUAGUGUCGGCAGCAAGCGCUGGCGACCACGCGGACUUGUUCUCUCUCCAAGACCUCAAGGGCCUGGUGACAGCCGCCACUGCGGGUGAUGUGACCAGUUAUAUCUCGUCUGUGAUGGGUGUGGAUAAUGGGACGCUGACGUGUCAGGGGGGAUCCUGCUGGUGGAGACCCGAUGUUGAGAUGUCAAUAUGUCUGUCACCCGAAGAAUUGCUGCGAGUGUCUCUGGGUGCUGAGAUGCAAGAUCAUGCGGAAGACCAAAGUGUGUUCAACAGUUCUGCACUGAAGAGCCUGUGUCCUGCUCUUUUGCACCAGCUCACAAAUGCCAAGUGUCCCAGGUUCUCUAGAUUCAAUGGGACAGAGAAAGGGAAGCCUUCUCCGUCUGAAGUUUGGGGAUAUGGAUUUCUUCUUGUGACAGCGAUAAGUUCUUGUUCAAUCAUUGGAGCUUUCUUAUUGCCCCUGGUGGGCAUGAGAUUCUAUGACAGCCUCAUGACAACACUCAUUGGCCUGGCCAUGGGAUCACUAUCAAGCUCUGCUUUGUUUCACCUCAUCCCUCAGGCAUUCAGACUGCCGGAGCUUUAUGGCAACCACGACUACCUCUUGGUGGCCCUGACUGCCAUUUGCGGCAUCUACGGGUUCUACGUCAUUGAGCGCUUCCUGAAAACCGUCAUAGAGCACAAACGACGCCGGAGAAUGCUGGCCAAGUUGCGCCACUCUCCGGAUUUGCCAAAUCAUUCCGGAUCCCUUGGCCGUGGCAGCAGUCGGGACAGUGGCGGCAUGGACAAGUUGGCCACUAACGAAUCCCUCGUGAUGACUGCUGAUGAUUGUUGUGUCGCCGAGCCUUUGGCGUCUUCGUCCAUGAUUGAGGACGGCGAGGAACCCGGGCAGUUUUGUGGCAUGCAUCCGAAUGUAGCUGAGAUUUACAAGGCCCAGGAACAGGUCAUCAAGGCGUCCUUUGGGCAUCAAACUCGACCUCACAGGGACAAGCACGCCCUGGAUCACAGGUCAAUGUUCAUGAACAACGAGCCGUCGUCGCCGGCGACCGUAGGAAGCGAUUCCCUCGUCGCCGCCAGUGCCGCCGGAGUGCCGCCAUCACAAACCACGACCAUCGCCACAGUGGCCUGGAUGGUCAUCUUUGGCGACGGUCUGCACAAUUUCAUCGACGGAGUGUCGAUCGGUGCAGCCUUUAGCGAGUCCACUCUGAUUGGAGUGUCUGUGAGCAUAGCGAUAAUCUGCGAGGAGUUUCCUCAUGAACUGGGUGACCUGGCCGUGUUGCUCAACUCUGGCAUGACGAUGAAGCAGGCCCUGUUGUACAACUUCAUGUCGGCCGCCAUGUGUUACCUGGGGCUCGUGUUGGGGAUUCUCUUGGGGAAUCUGCAUGAAGCUGCGCAUUAUGUGUUUGGCCUGGCUGCCGGCAUCUUCCUCUACAUUGCUCUGGCAGAUAUGAUACCAGAAAUGAAUGAAGCCGCGGAAAAGGCGAGCAAGAAAAGUGUGAUGGAUGUGCUGUUCGUGCUGACAUUGCAGACUAUUGGCUUUGUUGUUGGCGUUGCAAGUUUGUUCUUCCUUGCAUACUACCAGGAUCAAAUCCAUUUCAACGUGAACCCCAAUGUUGCAGGAGGAGCUGUUUCUGAACAGGUGGGUUUUUCCCAUUCAUCAAAUUUUAAAAGCGAAUCGGGACUAAUGCUGGAAUGUUUCAGGAGGAAGGAGAGAAAGCUGGGAAUUCUGACGAAAGUUGAAGAAACAAAGUUGUCUCAGUUUGCGAAAAGAGUUGUUGGGAAUCUGAAAGAACCCAAGAAAUCUGCUUUCAAUGAGGAGGAAACUGAUCUUCUGGUAAAAUCCCUGGGAUUCCUGAAAUCUGAGAUCACCGAAGCAGAAGCUGUGCGAAAUCGUUGGAAAGCGGAGGAUUUUCUCAUUGAAGAGCUUGAAGGAGGCAGAGGAGAGAUUCUUGCCAAGAUCUGGACAAGAAACAAGGACGAUCUCAUUGCGCAUUUUUCACAACCUCUGCAUUCCAACCAGGUGGAAUCCGUCUCUCACAGCUUAUCAAUCACCACUGCGACCUCAAAGCAGAAAUCAGUGGCAAUUCCUGCCUCCACUUUCAUAUUCACUCUGAAGGAACCCUCAGAGACGGGAAGCUUUGCUGUAGAAUUCAACCACCAGCAGUUGUCGGAAUUCCACAAAACCCUGGAAGAAAUUCAGGUUUCCCUCGAUUCCUUAACAUCCUAA